UAUAAAUAAACCCCUACCCGCCCACCACAACGAGCACACACCACAUCACACACAUACGAAGGAGAUUCGUGUUUCUAUCUCUCUCACUCUCCGGCUCCGCUGCUCGAGUUCCUCCGCUCUCAUCUCCAGCUCCACAGGAAGCAGCAGCAAGCAACUCCAGCAAGGCAAGGAUGGACAGGCUCAACGUCAAGCUCUACAUGCAGAACUGCUACAUCCUCCAGGAGAACGAGCGCCUGCGCAAGAAGGCGCAGCUGCUCAACCAGGAGAACCAGACGCUGCUCACCGAGCUCAAGCAGCGGCUUGCCAGGACUGCCGCGGCGACCAAGGCCGCUGGCAAUGCUGCUGCUGCUGCUGGUGGACGUGCGCCCCUCCCUGACCUCAACGCGGCUCCACCGGCACACGCCGUCCACGACAAGGUGGCUCCAAAGUCCCACAAGGCGGCCGCAAACUAGGUGGCGCAGCUUCGUACCGGAGAACGUAUCGAGUGCUCCCGCCCGUUAGGUGGCACGUACUGGAUAUGUUCUCCUUGGUGCUGUGUCAUCAAGUAGAGUUUGUAACGAUUAAGGCCUCUCUAGCUCUGAAUGUUAGGAAUGUUUGCUUCGUUUUAGCUAUGGAACUGCACACCUCCCGUUAUGUAGCAGGCUCCUUCUCCUUCUGGACGGAUAGAUAGAUCAGCUAGGAGUAUAUAAACAUGCAUUGUUGGGGGUCAAUGUGUUGUGUGCUACUACUACAUGGCAGUGGUGUUGGAGCAGCUCUUGCUUUGCAGUCCUGUUAAAUGUCAUGUGCUGCUGGCUUGAAAUCAAUGCAUCACUCAAAUACACAAUGCUACCUUGAA